UUUCCAUUACCAAUGCAGAUACAUCAACCACAACUUUACGGCACAAAUUCACCAUAUCAAAGCUAUCUUGAUAGACCAUUAACAGCAAGAGAUUUUGAACGUCUUUUGAACAUCUUAGUACUUCGACAUCAACAAUAUCAACGACUCGGAUUUUCGUCUGGACAAAAUCUUUUCGCAAGUGGAUUCAAUUAUAGGGGCAACUAUAAUCCAUAUUACCACCAAAUUCCACAACCACCAGUGUAUAGCCAAUUCGACCCACGAUAUACAGUUUUUAGCCGAUCAUUACCUCCGAUUCCACCUCCGGACAGUUUCUAUGCCCCUUACUCUGAACAAGAAAACAUGUACCAAGCACAGAAUCAAAUUGAACAACAAUUACCUUAUUCAAUCCAAUCGCGAAGAAAUUACGAUAUCAAACAAUUUGUUAAUAGUUAUUAUAGAACUAACUCAAAUCAUUUUCCGCAUGCGAAAGCGAGUACACAUGAAAACACUGAAUAUUUGCCUCAAGAUAUUAGAGAAGAUAUUUUAUGGCGUAUGUUGAUGUUGUCCAUCCAUUCAGACAUAAAUGCGAAUAUGGCAAAUAUACCAGUUCCAGUUGCUAGUACAAUUCAAACAACGACUUCAUUGCCGGAAUCAAAAAAACCCGUUCGAAGUGUGCAAAUUCUGGGUGAAGAGUAACGAAAAGCUUUCAUUUUUCCGCUGAAGUGAAUUUUUCCGGUAUACCGACGCACUUUCAAGUGCUAAUUUGGAUGAAUUCGAAUCUCCUCUCACAGACUUUAAAUUUUUCUCUCACUAUAAAUUUUUUUCCGAACUUUCUACUACUUUCUAUUGACCUAACCGCUUGUUUUGUGAUGAGAAUUAAAAGUCCCUGUACCGUAUCAGUUAAAUUAUGCAUUAAUUUGGGUAAUCAAUUAUUUUCAAUAAUAUAUUUUUCGCUCUGUUAAAGGUAUAUGCAAACAUAAAAAAACAACAAUUAUAAAACCAGAAGUUUGAAACUUUUUAUAUAUAAGAUUUAUUCAAUUUC